AUUUCCGACCACUUUAUCGCUUACUGGUUUGGUUUUGGUAGUUAUCGCAGGUGUGAUUGGAGAAAAUUACAGAAAACUACAGGACAAGGACGGGAAAGCUCAAAAGAAGAUCUGGCAUCUGGACUAGACAAGCAAGAUGGAGGAAGUGAAAAUCAGAGGGAAGAGUAUACAGGAACGACUCAAGGAAAGAUGGGAUCCGUUUCAACUCAACCCAAUAGGAGCUGAGAAGGAACAGAAGAGAAGGUGCUUCGAAUUGGCCCAGUACCUGGUGGCUAUAAUUGUGGGUUUAGCUGUCCUGACCAGUGCUGUUAUUGCUAAGGGUUCUCUUUUGGUGCUGUCAACGUUGUCCAGUACGAAAGACGAGUCAAAGUCAAAGGAAAAACAGUUCUACAUGCUGAUGCUGGUGUUCUGUCUGGUUUGCCCAAACUUCUUGGUGUUCAUAAAAUCACUGUGGAGGUGUGCCUUCAAGAGCUUCGUACAGCCCAAACUGAAGACCAUGUUGUGUAUUUGUGCCAUUGAAUGCAUUGUGUCACUCGGUACUUCAGUCUUGGUGCUUGUGGUGAUGCCCCAGUUUGACAUUCUGACAAAUCUGUUCAUCAGCGGAGGUGUCUGUAUUUUGUCUGCACUUCUUCAGAUCGUCUUUCGACUGCAGGCAGAACCUUGGAAAAUUUUAUUCCCAAUGUGCUCCCUCAUUCUAACAUGCGCUGGAUAUUGCCUGCUAGGAAUCGACUACUAUGUCCGCGUAUCUUCGCAUGUGGAUAGACAGAAGGACGACUGCUAUGUCUACAUAGGAAUUGGAAUUUUCUCCUCACUUCUCAUCUCAUUUUGUUGGUGGGAGAAUCCAAUGCAAGCGACAAAUCGAAUGCAGGAUAGAUUGUCAGAACUGGAUGGUUUCAGAGACUUUGUGUUUGUCAUAAGCAGCCUGUUGAGGAUAAUUGUCAUAGGAGCUGUAUACCUUGUCUAUCAUUGCCUCAUUAGGGAGUCCAUCAAGUGGCCAGACUUCAAUUUAAAGAGUGACGAUUGGGAAUUGUUACAAAAUGGGCUGGGGCUGUUUUUCUUACAGGCCUUCUGCUCGGCGGCGUGCCACUGGUUUGGGGUGGUAGCUUGUAAAAUUCAUGCUGUCAGGAUGAGUUUUGCCUUGCCCUUAAUUAGCACGGGCCCCUCGGUGCUUAUAUUGGGACUUGUACUUUUCAUGACCCAAGUAAACGGAUUUGACGGACCAGACAUCAGGGAAUUUUGUGACAGCUUGUCCACCUUGAGCCAGAAGAACACAACCCCUGUGGUCUUUCUAGAAAUCACUAAGAGCAUCUGCCGGACAUCACUUAACAACGCUUACAUGCAAUGGCCUUUUUUCAUGCUGGCACUUGAGGGCGUAUGUAUGUGGUCGGGAUUGGUCACAUGCACUUACUACGUAUGGAAAACAAAGCUCCAGCGUAUAGAGAGAACCUCUCAGCUCUUUGUUCGGCGGCUCUAUGAAUCUGCUUUCAUAGACUUGUCUUUGUUGCUUAACACCAAGAUGAAGGUGUCUCGGGCUCGAAACCAAGAAAGCCCCGAUGACAUCCAGAAUUGUGUGAUCUAUCUAUGUGCCACCAUGUGGCAUGAGACCUACGAUGAAAUGCUCAAGAUUCUGACCUCCAUGUUCAGGUUGGACCGUUACCGAGGUGAUCCAAAGGAGGAACACAAGGACUGCUUUGAUUUUGAGUGUCACAUUUACGUGGAUGAUGCGUUUAUGACUGAAGAAGACACAGGGAAAAGGCUGGUUAAUUCAUACGUUAAUGACUUGACUCAAGUUGUCAUCGAGGUUUACAGGGUCUUUACCAACAAAGAGCCUGACGACGUAGCCAUCGUGGAAACUCCAUAUGGUGGCCGACUUGUAUUUGUUAUGCCAGAAGGCAACAUGCUCUACUUUCACCUUAAAGACAAAUUUCUCAUCAGGAACAAGAAGAGAUGGUCACAGAUUAUGUACAUGUAUUAUCUACUUGGCUGGAAGGGCUACCUUGCCAAAAACCCUCAGGCCAAACGCCAAGACAUAACCAGAGAGUCUUUAAUCUCUGUGGAUGGUGAGAUAUACCUCAUGCCCCAACAUGACAAUGACAACAAAAGAAGAUUCAUCUCAGAUGACAACGUAUACGUUCUGGCUCUGGACGGGGAUACCGACUUCCAGCCGAAAGCCGUGAUCUUGCUAGUAGACAGGCUGAGGAUGUAUGACAAUGUUGGGGCGGCCUGUGGACGAAUCCACCCUACCGGAAUGGGUCCCAUGGUGUGGUACCAGAAGUUUGAGUAUGCAGUGGGUCACUGGCUACAGAAGACAGCAGAACACGUGUUUGGGUCUGUGCUGUGCAGUCCAGGAUGUUUCAGUCUGUUUCGAGCAUCGGCCUUAAUGGAUGACAACGUGCUGAAGAGAUACACGACGACUGCCACAAGGGCUGGAGAAUAUGUCCAAUAUGACCAAGGGGAGGAUCGUUGGUUGUGUACUUUGCUACUGCAACAAGGGUGGCGUGUGGAAUACAAUGCCGCAUCGGAUGCCUACACCAACUCACCGCAAGAGUUUAAAGAGUUUUAUAACCAGAGGAGACGAUGGGGACCAUCCACACUGGCUAAUACAUUGGACCUACUGCACAGUGGGGGAGAGACUGUGAAGAGAAACCCCUCCAUAUCCAGACCUUAUAUUUUCUACCAGAUGUUCACUGUCGGUUCGUCUAUUCUCGGGCCAGCCUCCGUGACCCUUAUGGUGGCAGGUGCUUUCCAGUUUGUCUUUAAAAUCUCGGGGACUCUUUCCAUCAUCAUUGCGAGCAUCCCACCUGUGUUCUACAUUAUCGUUUGUUUCAUUGCCAAAGCAAACAACCAGAUAACAAUCGCUGCCAUUAUGAGUGUUCUGUAUGCCUUCCUCAUGACGGCGUCCUUCUUUUCAAUAAUCGGUGAUAUGGUGAUGGAGGGAACGUUCCUAACCCCAACUGGUGUGUUCCUGGUUUCUAUGACAAUCAUGUACUCGGUGACUGCUAUCCUUCACCCCGAGGAGUUUGGAAUGAUCAUCUAUGGCCUGAUGUAUUUUAUCUGCAUUCCCAGUGGCUACCUUCUCCUUACCAUCUACUCACUGGUUAACAUGCAUAUUGUGACCUGGGGCACAAGGGAAUCAAAUAAGGGAGGAACCGAGGUAAAGAAGAACCAUAACGUGCUGUGUGACCGAAACUGCAGACUCUGCUGCUGGGACAUGAAGUUUCAGGUAACUCAAGAAACUGAGAAUUUGAUGAUUCAACAAAUCACGGGACGGACUGGGCAGCAAGCAGCUCCCCUUCCAAUCACAGCCCAGGAAACGAAUGAACACCCUGCUUUAACAAUGGAGCUGCAGCCUCCAGCUGACACCAACAAAAUGGCACAGCCAGGAGGAAAGACAUUACAUAUUGAUAAAGAGAGUGUCGAUAGCAUGGAAAAAGCAAGUCUAUCAAGCGCAUCUGAAGAUGACGACGAUGAAGAUGGUGAUGAUUAUGACAACAACAACCAGGAGAAUGCAGACCUUCCUAUUAGCGACUGGGUGAGUCCGGUGAAAGAAGAGUUUCUAAAGAAGUUGACAUUUGCCAACUUGAAGAGGAACUUAAGAGAACAAAUACGAUCCUCCCUCCGCAACAAGAAUCACGAUGACGUGUGUGACGACUUGAUAUUAAUGUUAACAGACACACUCACUGCACAACUAUACGGAAUAGGACCUGAAGAUGUUCUGACAGAAAGCCAACUAGAGGAACUACAACAGGAAUUGACGGCGCAGGCUCGGCGCACACUGAAGACCAAUCGCAUGGAAAGAUUAGACAGAAAAGUCAAGAGAGCCAUUGAGAAAACUCUGACUGCACCUCAGGUGCAGAAACUAGAAGAGGACGAAGAUGAUUUCUGGAAGAAGUUGAUUGAGCGCUAUUUGAAGCCCAUUGUUGACACAAAAGCACAUCUGGACGAGGUGACCAGAGAGCUAAAAUCGCUACGUAAUAAGGCAGUAUUCCUCUAUUUUAUCGUCAAUGUACUGUGGGUGGUUGCUACCUUCUUCCUGCAAGCCAUUGGAAAUGACGUCAUAAGCAUCAAGAUCCCGAAAUUCUUUUCAAACGGAACACAAUCUGGAGAGUACCUCAAGGUGGAGCCUCUCAGCUUAAUGUUUCUGUUGUCCUUUGCCAUCCUUCUUCUCGUCCAGUUCCUCGCCAUGUUGUAUCACAGGGUCUACACUUUGAUCCAUGUGGUGUCAUACCGCAGCACCGAGAAGGACUACAAACUGAAAGAUGCCGACGACGAAGACGAUGGCUUGACUUUAGAGAACCUUAACGUCGGUGGAUUGAGCAUUACAAGCGAUGACAUGUAGCUGAUGACUAUAUUUGUGUGUGAUGUAAUUUGAUUUGUUCCUCAUUGCUGACCUUCUCUCUAAUUUACUUAUCAUACUGUUUUUUUUUUUUUUAUCUAAAGCCAAAGUCCAAAUUUAAUCUUUGCCUGAGUCACGGUUGGGGUAAUAUGCACUCACGUGUCAAAGAUCUCUCGACAAAGCUGGAUUGUAUGUACAUAAAAUAAUAUGUUUGCCUUUUCUGUGGGACUUAGUGAUGGGUUACAAUCUGGACAUUCCAUCCUUGAAUGAAUUGCAACUUUUGCACAUAAAUGGAAGAAAUAUUUAUGACUUUGUAUUGUUUAACAUGCUUUUCCUCCCCAUCUGGUUUGAAGACAAUUUAACAAUAGUUUUAGAGCA